AUGGUGACAAGAAACGUUUCAAACGUUUUUUUAUUUCAUUAACAGCUUCUUCUAGGGGCUUUCUUGCUGGUUUCCGCCCUUACAUUGGUCUGGAUGUUUGUCAUCUAAAAGGAAAGUACAACGGUGUACUAGCUGCAGCCACUAGUAUUGACACUAACAGCUGCAUUUUUCCAUUAGCUUAUGCUGUUAUUGAAUCAUAAAGUACAAGUUCAUGGACCUGGUUUCUUGAAUUAUUAAAAGAAGCAAUUGCGACGCCAAAUGGCCUUGUUAUUUCAUCUUAUGCAAAAGGGGCUAGGAGUAGCUAUAAUGCAGGUUUAUCCUAGUGUUGAGAAUAGAGAAUGCAUAAAACACUUUUAUAGCAACUUCAAGAAACAUUUCCGUGGUGACUUCUAUAACUACAAAUUGUGGAGUGCUGCCAGAACAUAUUGUACUAAUGAGCAUGAUAGGGUUACUAAAGGAAAUCGCGGGUGUACGUCCAGAGCCGGUUACGUAUCUCAACGAGAAUUAUAAUAAGAUAUGGAGUCGAGGCAAGUUUGGCACAACAUCCAAGUGUGAUUACAUUACUAAUAACAUCGCAGAAUCAUUUAAUUCUUGGCUAGGUGCACUGCGUUAUAAACUGGUACUUGAUCUUCUCGACGGGAUUAGGGACAAGCUUAUGAGAAGAUUUGAUAAGAAGAGGAAUAUUGUGGAAAAAUGGAAGGGAUCAUUAGUCCCUAAAGCUAAUAUGUAUCUCAACGGAAUCUCUAAGAACUUAGGCGCAUAUGGGGUUUUCAGAAGCAGCGACAAUCGAGCUGAAGUGGAAUACAAGGGUAAGCGUUGGGAGGUUAUACUAAAUGAGAGAAAAUGUACUUUUCGGGUUUGGCAAGUCACAGGUCUUCCAUGUGUACAUGCUGCGGCAUUCAUUGCGUUUACAAGAGAUACUGAUUGGGUAAAAUAUGUAGAUUCAUGUUUCACAAUCACAAACUUCAUAGAAGCCUAUGCCCUUGAAAUUGCACCAUUACCGGGAAAGGAUCAAUGGGUGGAGAGGGAAACCAGUGAAAGAAUAUAUCCACCUAUACUAAAACGCCCACCUGGAAGACCCCGCAAAGAUAGAAUUAAACCACCUGGUGAGGCCAAAAGAAAAAAGAAAUGUCCACGAUGCGGUGGGUAUGGACACCAUGAAAAAAAGUGCAAGAAUCCAACAUCUCAAGUUCCUGAUCCAAAUCAAUCAUCUACGAGUAAAAGGAGGCGAGGAAAGAAUACAAAAGCUCGUGAAAGUUGUGCAAUAUGAGGUUUUAAGUUUGCAAAUAGCUCAUCAAGUUCUAAUAAAACGAAUGGAGCUUAUUCUUCUCGGUUAGAAUGGGUUGAUUGCUGAAUUUCUUCUUAAUUAGAAGGUUUUGCUAAUUGGUUUGCAAGAGAACUAAAAAGGGAUAUUGUUGUGGUUCCUGCAUGUUUUCGGUUUCCUUUUUUUUUCUACUACAGAUGGUCUUAUCAACGUCAGUGUAUAGCAUUUGUUUUGUAUGGUUACUAUUCUGCACACAAGUUUGGUCAUCAUCUAGUGUGUCAUCAUUUGGACCUAUCUUGUUUUUUAGCUAAUGGGUUCUACCAAAGUUAUCUUUGUAGUACUAUGACAGUAGUGUUUUUAGCUAUUUAGAUUAUUAUCUUUGUGUGUU